GACAUCAUUAAUACAUUUUUCAUUUUUUUAAAGUAUUUGAUCAGUUUCACUCUGAUUAAAGAAAGCAUAAAGCUUCUAAAAUUCUUUAAUUUUUUUGCCCUGUACUUUUCCUGCUAUAAGAAGGACUUGACUUGCCUAUAUGCAUCUAUAAAUAAAAUUAUUUUUACAUAUUGUACUUCAUAUCUUGUGUCUCUUUCAGAGAUACCAGCGAUCAGCUCCAGUUCAGAUGAUUCAGUGAUCCGGAUUCUUCUGAUGGGAAGAAAUGGUUCUGGGAAAAGCUCAUCUGGAAACACUAUACUGGGAGAAAAGAGGUUUAACGUCCAAAAACAUAAGAGUAAACAUCAGUCUGAAGUUUGUGAGGGUCAAACUCAGAUCGGUGGGAAGCAGGUGGCUGUGAUUGAUUGUCCAGAUCUACUGGAUCCAGAUCUGAAUAAAAAGAAGCUGGAGAAGAUGAAAGAGCAGCUGGUCUCUCGAAGUUCAGCAGGACUCAGUGCAGUUCUGCUCACCGUUCCUCUAGAGGAACCUGUUGAAAAUGAGGAAGAGAUCCUGGAUUAUAUGAAGUGGUUAUUUGGUCCUGAAGUUCAGAAAUACAUCAUGAUUCUCUUCACACACAAAGAUGAUCUGGAGGAGCUGGAUCAGACCAUUGAGGAAUAUCUGAAACAGAAAGAUCAUGCGGAUCUCCAGCAUCUGGUGACAGAAUGUGAGGGAAAAUUUCACUCUUUCAAUAACAGAAGUAAAUCAGACUGUCAGAAGCAAGAACUACUGCACAAGAUUGAAGAAAUGAUGGUGAAGAAUGGAAGAUUUAUCAUGAAACAAAUGAGGAGGAGAUCAAGCAUGGAUGUUCCUGGUGUCAUGUUUUCAGGAGAGUCUCCAGCUGAAGAUCCAGACGAGACUGAUGUAAUUCCUGACAGUAAAGACCAGAUCAGACUGGUUCUGCUGGGAAAAACUGGAGUUGGAAAAAGUGCCACUGGAAACACCAUCAUCGGCAGAGACUUGUUCAAAACUUCAGCCGCUUCAAAGUCUGAAACUAAACAGUGUCAGUCAGAAACUAGAGUGAGGUUUGGUAAAGAAAUAGCACUGAUUGACACACCUGGACUUUAUGAUACUGAACUCAGUGAAGAUGAGAUUAAAACAAAGAUAGGGGAAUGCAUAACUUUCACUUCUCCUGGACCACACGCUUUUAUUAUUGUGAUUAAAGUGGGUCGAUUCACUGAGGAGGAGAAAAAUACAGUAAAGAAACUUAAAGAAGUGUUCGGAGAACAGAUGGUAAAAUAUUCCAUGAUCCUCUUCACUCAUGAAAAACAGCUAAAGAAGAAAAAUCAAACAAUUGAGCAAUAUCUAGAAGAAGGUGAACCGGCUCUUAAAGAACUUGUAGAGAGUUGUGGAAAUCGAUUCUUCUGUCUGGACAAUGAGCUUCCCAGUUUCCCACAGUUCAAAGUUCUGAUCAGGAAAAUAGAGACAAUGGUGGCAGAAAACGGACACUUUUCAAAUGAGAUGUUUGAAGAAGCAGAGAAAUGCAUUCAGGAGAUUCAGAAGAAGAAACUCAUUGAGAAAGAAAAGCGGUUCAAACGGAAGCACAAACAAGUCAAACAAUCAGAAUGGCAGAAAAUAUACUGGCGUUUAGCAGAGGAGUCACGACGUGAGGCUAAGAAAUCUUUUUCUGAGUCGUUCAUGGCAGAACUUCUUAUGUAUCCUCUUGUAAAAGGAUCAGAUAUACGGGAAGCACUGGAGCAGGUGGUGACCCUCGAGGAGAAAGAGAGCACCAUAAAGGAGGCUCAGCUCGAAGGAUUCAGACAUGCAGAGGCCGUUCAACUCGCAAUCACUGCCACACGGAAACUAGCGAAACAGAAAAUGUGUUCAGUUCAGUGAAAAACAUCUAAAACAUUUCCUAUCUGCUGUUUUAUCUAUUUUUCUCUGUAGGUCUGUUUCUGGCUUUUCCUUUUUUUUUUAUUGGUUUUGCAUAAAAAGGGUCAUAUACAUUGUAUACAAUUGCUUCUUUACAA